UAUAUUACUUGAUAUUACAUGUGACGCCAUGACCCGUAAGAUGUGACAAGUCUAUUUUUAUCGUGUUCGACGAUUAAAUUGAAUUACAAAUUUUUAUAUUCGCCAUAGCAAAUAGAGAGUGUAAGAAACAUUCUGAUCUUUUUCGAGUUAAGAAGAUCAAAAUCAAUGAGUCAUGUUAUUCAUAAACGCAGCAAGGAACCAAAUAAACGAAGAGCAAGGAAAACGCCACGUAUUGAUCGUCGGAUAAGUAACCGCUUAUUGGAAACAUUCUCUUCUAGAGGAGAGAAAACAACGACUUUAGUAUAUUAAAAUAACCUGACUUACCUACAAUCAGUUAAUCGUUAUUGUAUAUGAAACAUUGUUAGAUGGCGCUAAUAUAUCAAAACCACGACAUUGUCAAUGAUCGGUGCCCAUAAUACGACAUCUCGCGAUUGCUCUAAUGCAACACUGCUUGCACGAGUCGUGUUAGGAUCGUGGGUGGAUAAUGUUCGGGUAGUGAGCAUGUUAUUUAAUCCUAUUCUAAAAGUGCUAAAAGUACGACGAUGAGAGUGGUGUUCAGUGGUUUAUUCGUCGAAUAUUCCUUACAUAAUCCAUAAACAUUGGUUUAUUAGCAUAAACAUAUUCUUAUAAUUUACGUUGUAUAACAGAUUUAGAAUCGCUGAAUUAAUACUCGCAGCUAUAUUCAACUCCUACACACGAUAAGCCCGCGUGGCACGAAUUAACAGUGAAACCAAAUGUUCUUUAUCCAUAAUUUUUCUGUGUUUUAUCUUCGUUUCUAAGCUCAUAAUCAUAAUAAUUGCACAUAGGCGUCUAUAAUACAUGUUAGGACUUUCUGAAGACUUGUACAAGCGAAGGAAUCUGUUAUUAUUCCAAAUUCAUGUUUUAAAGGUGAAAUUCGACGAAGUUUGACUUUUUCGCACAGGAAUUUUGCGAAGACAUGAAAUAAGUUAAAUGAACAGGAUGGUUCGUCACGGCAGCGAAAGGUCCUUACAUUCCCCGCAAUCGAUGCAUGCAGAUUAUUCAGCUCAUGUAAACAACACCAAUGAAUCACCCUCGAUGGACUUAGAAUCGUCAGAAUUAGCAACAUGUACUGACAACAAUAGCAGCACGCUCAAGGUCAAUGCCGAUAACAGCGUGGUUUACACGACAGGAAGUGCACCGAGUACCGUUCCGUCACCCUCGGUAUCUUCGGUAUCCUCUUCGUUGGAUUCUCGGAUUCCACGUCCCUCGCCGACAGGUCUACGUCGUUCGGUUAGCAUGCGCAUGCGCGGUGAGCGAGUUUCACCGAAUCAUCCACCACCACCACCCAGUACCGCGGUCACCGCGGGUCUGAGUAGGUCUUAUCAACAGUGUCGUCGCUUUAACCUCCUGCACCACCAGCAACACCAUCAUCUGGACCAUCGCACUUUUCCCGUCAUCACGGAGAAUGGAACCGAAUCACCCCGACAACGAUCUCUCAGCCUUUCAUUGACCCCGGCGAGGCCGCGACCUGGACACGCGGCCUCCGGAGGAUCAAGCACUGGAAUUGCCGAUGACAGCGAUGCAGAAAGCGUAAAAAGUUACGGAAGUGCCUGCAGUACCGCAAGCGCCUGUGAUCAUGCUACGUUUGCUCUCAACGGUACCACGUGGUCGGGUAGAUCACGAAAAUACGUUGUUCAUUGUUCAAACCAUACCGGGGACAAUGAACAAUACCUUACGCCUACUCAAAGAGCAGCUAGACAAGUUAAAAAAUUUCAGGCUUUGUUAAAAGAAGCGCGAAAGGAGAUUGAAGAGAAAGACCAGGAGAUAUUUCGACUAACGAAGGAAGUAGUGGAAUUAAGAUUAUACAAAGCUUCUCUGAAUAGCCCCGAUGAAAGAACAGAUAGUAGCGAUGCUCUCACUGUACGAGAGAACAAUCCUUUUUCACCUGAAUCGCCAAGCAAGGAUUUACCGGACGAAGGUACACUACAAAAGGUCGCAAGUCCAGAAACUCCAGAAAAAUGUGCCCCCUCUGAUCUACCUUCCUCCCUUGCGGACUCGGGUCAUUUUGAAGACGGAUCCGUCCAUUCGAAAGAUUCUGUAUAUAUACCAGAGGUGCAACCAGAAAGUACACAUGUUACUGCAACGCCUAAUACAGUUCCCGAAAAUAGUACUUCCGAUACGUUUGUAAGAUCCGCUGCAGAAAUACCAGAAAGAGAUGAAGUGAGACGCAAGUUGGUGAAUCUUUAUGAAAGUAGAAUUGAAGAAAUGCAUCGUAGACAUGUUGAUGAACUUCAAGAACUCAAGCAAAAACACAACGACAAGGUAGAAAGUUUAUUGAAUCAAUUGGCUGAAGUUAAUACACGUUACUGCGAAGUGAGGCCUUCUGUUGAUGCUGCAGAAACCCGUGCUCGUGAAUUAGAAGCGGAACUAGAAACCGUGAAAACGGAACUUUCUGAACAAAAGGCUUUGUUAAACGAGCAAGAAGAAAGAAAUAAACAAAUGUACCUGAGAAUGUAUGCCAAAGGGCAGGAAGCUGCACGCCUAGAACAAGCUGAUCAGAUAUAUGAACAUGCGCAUCAAACACCACCAAAGGUUACUGUUGCAGAGCUACUUCAACAAUUAACAAUUACACAAGCAGAAUUAGAAAAUAUCAAGGACACAAGCUACUCGCCUGAACCUCACAUUUCAGCCGAUCGUAGCCAAAGUUUAUUAAGUGCUCAGGAGGCUGUUUCUCUCUGGGUCCUUGGCACACGUAAGGCAAUGUAUCGACGUAUCAUAGAAGCGCGAAAUAAUCAAGGUGCCCUUGAUCCAGAGAUCACAUUGCAGUUCCUAAAAUCGGCGAUUUACUAUUUCUUAACGGAUAAAGAAAAUCAUCAUGGGCAUCUGAACGCAAUUGAAAGCAUUCUAGGAUUCACAGAAGUUGAAAAGCACAAUAUCGAUAAAAUAUAUCGAUCAAUAAGAAAGUAAUAUUUACAACAUUUUAAUUAUUAAAUUUUAAUGCAUACAGAUCUAGGAUUUCCGGACAAUUCGUUUAUUCUUAAAAAAUGCCAACUGAAAAAUAUGUAAACAGGUAUGAAUUAUCUUUGACUUACAUUUUGUUUGAGAUCAGUCUACAUAAACUAUGAGUUACAUACUUGCAUUAGUAAAAUAGCAUAUAAUAUUGUUAUAUAGUCACGAACAAAAAUAUUGGCAUACUGUUUAAAACAGUAUACAUUUUUUUAAAUUGGAUCAAAUGAUUUGAUUUUUUUAAAAAGAUGUUAGAAGAUUAGUCGACAGUUGGUCGGAAUAUAGUAAAGGUAAUUUUUUACGACUUCUUUAUCUGGGCCUGUAAUAAAAAUUUUAACAACACAUUUUAAAGAGUUAUGUCAGUUAUAUACUUGCUAAAAAUUUUAUCGAAAUCGGUUGAUGCAAAAACAAACAACAGGUAUCGAAAGAUGAACAAAAAUGUAGAUUUAUUAUCGUUACGAAAACUGUGUUUCAUCAUUUUUAACCUUUGUAGCUUAUAGCAAUGUUAACAGAUUUCGACGAAAUUUUCAUCAUAUAUAUAACUAACAUAAAUCAACGAAGUAUACUUUUUAAAUUUUUAUUACUGGCUCAGAUAAAAAAGUUGUAAAAAAUGACCUUUACUAUUUGCUUCGUGAUUUCGACCAACUGUCGGAUAAGCCUUCUAACUUCUCAAAGCAAGUUAAGCCGACUGAUUCAAUUUUAAAAAAGUUAUUUUACUUUAAAGGCUGUGUUAAUACUUUUGUUCGUGUCCUUAUAUAUUUUUAUAACUCAUGACGCGAAAUUUUAUUUUACCUGAAAUCCGGUAUAAAGCAUUCAUAUCAUGUCUUUUACUCAUUUUUUCUUUUCUUUCUUUUCAAAUUAAUUCGUUUAACCAAUAAGAAAGUCAUUAUUCAGUUAUCUUCACCGAUUUUAUUUAUUUCGCAUAAAUUAUUUAAUAGUCAAUUGUAUUAUAAAUUUCUUACAUUGAUAAUAUGGAGAAUUGUUACUUGCUAUAUCCAGGAAAUGAUAACUUACGAUGAUAAGAAUAUUUUUUUACAUCAUGUUCUGUGACUUUCUAAUUUUAUGUAAUAUGAGGAUUCAAUGGAAUACAAUUUCAUGAACAUAUAGUGAGUAUCACUUAACAUUAAACAAUUUAAUAUUUAUUAUAUUUUUGCAUAUAAAUUUGUUUUUAUUAUAUUAUAACUAAAAUAAUUUAUACAUAAAUACUUUAACAUAUUUUUAUUCAAUAUAUAGCAAUUGCAAAGAUUCUCUCUCUUUUUCUUUUUCUAAUUACGUUUUAAAUAACAAAACUUUACAUUUUAUAUAAAUGUAACUUACUAAGUUAUUUUCUAUAACAAAAAGGAAAUAGAUUUUGAAUUAUAUUCGUCUAAAUUUAGAAUUAACUUAUUGUAUGUAGAUCUUCAAUUUGACUAAUUCAGUCACUAAAAUUGUUACACUAACAUAAACAUAUGUUUAAAAAUUUUCUGAAUAUUGAAAAUGAAUAAUAAAUGAUAAAUAUUUAUUUUAAAUGUAUAAAAUAUUAUGAAAAUAUUUGUUUGGCAUGUUUUAAAAAUAAAACAUGUCAAAAAAAUAUAGUAACAUUGUGCAAAGUGCUUAACAUAUGUUAUAAGGCUUAUAACAUAAGCUAUCAAGAGUAAUUCUUCUAUUUAGCGUUAUUAGUUUGGUAUUUAAUUGACUCAGAUAAACAUGUAUUAAAAAUGAAAAGUGAUAUAAAAUGUAUAUAUAUAUAUGUAUAAAUGUAUGAAGUACAGAGUACAGUAAAUGAUUUAAUCCUUUGCAUUGGACUUGAAAUUAUUGGUUGACAAUACAUUAGCUAAUAUAUUACAUAGUAAUAACUAAUAAUCACAAUUCUCACCAUAAAAAAUAUUAAAAAGUUUUUAUAAACGUAUAACAUGCAUUACAUUAUGUAACAUAUUGUACAAAUUAUACUAUCACAUUCAGUAUUAUUACAUGUUUGAUAUAUUAAAUGUAUGUUUUAUAAAAUACACUUUAUGUAAUAUACAUAUAUGUUUGAUGUGUUAACUUUAUUUAUCAAUAAUACAAGCAAUGCAAAAGAUUAAAUAUAUUUACGUACCUAUGGUAAAGGGAAAGAAUUUAUCAAUUCUACUGUGGAAAGUAAAAAGCAUUAUGUAUUUGUAUAAUUUACCAUGGCAUAAAUAUUAUAUUGAAUUAAUUGUACAGAAUGUGAAUUAAUGUUGCAAGAUUAUUUAAAUUCUUCAACAUAUAUCUAAUUGUUAUUAAGAAGAAUAUAGUAUAUAUAAAUAUUUAAUUAUAUCAUUAAGAAUAUGGCGUCCAGAUAAAGAAACAAUUUGGAGACUGAGGGAUAUAUCUUGCCUUUUUAUCUGUCUGAUUACGUCGAGUUAGCUAGAUAAGAGAGAGUAUUAUAGUGCAAUGGUGUAACUAUUUAUAGAUGUCACAUGUGAAUAUUAAAAGAAGCACAUUUCUUAUAUAUCUGUUAUAAUUCUAUUUCACAUGUUUUGAAGUGAUUGACUAUAUAUACCAUUAGAUUAAAACCAAAGAUAAAUUUAAAUAGUAAAAAAUUAUUAAACAUAAAUUGCAGAUUACAAAAAAAAAUCAUAUAUGCUUUGCUAUAUUACUGUCAAGUAUCCUAAUAUUAAUUAGGUAAUAGAGUUCCAAAAAAUUAACCUUAUGCAUCAAGUUUUAUUACUAUUUCAUAAUAGUAUUACGGUAUAAGGGUACUGGAAAAUAAGCUUAUUCUCAUAUAAUAAGCUGAUGUGUUUAUAAUUAUGUCAGUCAUUCAAUAAUACAACAGGUUUUAGUAUAAUAUAUUCCAGAAAGUAAAAGUUAUAUAAGUGUUUCAUACGGAAAUGUUUGCACUUUUGUAUCAUUUGAGUUAGAACUGUUACAAGUAAAUUAUUUAUUAUCAUAAUUUAGUCUAAUAGGUACUUGUAAUAAAAAUUUAUAUUACCAAUUUUUUUACUUAAAUUACGCAAAUUUAAAGGAUUAAAUUAAUGUACUAAUAUAAUUUUCCAAUACCCUGAGUAUUUUAAUUUUAUAGAUAUAUGUUAAAGGUAAAUAAUAAAAAAAUAAAAUAUAACAAUUAGGUAAAUAUCAAACUUUGAUUUUCAUUUCGGAAAACAUAUAUAGAAUGUGUUUGUAAUAAAAGUGUGAACAUUUUGCUUUAGUUAUCCUUUUUAUUUGAAGUGGAAGAGUCUAAUAUGUUUCAUGCGUAUCAUAAAAAAAGAAAAUAAAAUUUGAAAUUGAAAGGGAAAUGUGUGACAAAAUUAGUUUUAAACGAUGUGUUCACAUCUCUAAGUAGUAUCUUUGCUCUAAAAGAUAUGCAGGACUACAACUAUGAAGUUCCUUUCUCAUAAUUUAAAAUUAAUCAUGUACACACUUAAAAGUCAAAAUAUUCAAUGAGAUUCCAGUUUCCAUAUUAAUUUAUUUACUCAUAAUUUCUGUAAAAAGAAUAGCAUAAAUAAAUAAGUCAUAUAUAAAAAAUAAUACAUAAGAUCAUGUACUGAUACAACAAGGCCUUUUGUAUUUUCACAUUCUAUACUAUCAUUACUACAGUUUUCACAAAUCUGAUCUGAUAAUUAUUUGAAGAACUAAAUGUUAAGCUAAAGCUAAUGCCUUAGUUAUCCAUGGCGUAAGUUGUAUGUAGAAUAUUCUUAUGUUAUCUUCUUUAUGGAAACAUGAAUGUGUCAAAAUAUUCUACUCAUGUAUUAACGCACUGGUGACGAUAUAGUAGUCAUUAAUAAAGUCUAUAAAAUUCUAA